AUGUAUGGCAAGUUUGGAGCUGUGGACGAAGCGGGUGCGGCGUUUGAUAGCAUCCAGCGUCCAAACGUCUUCUCGUGGAACAACAUCGUCACGGUAUAUACACAGAACGGUUUUUUGGAGCGAGCGCACAGCGAGUUCGACGCCAUGACCGAGAGGAACUCCGUGUCCUGGAACAUAAUGGUGACGGGCUAUGCCCAAACUGGGUAUCUCACACAAGCUGAGGCUUUGCUCGAGAAAAUGCCACAGUAUGGAGUGGUUUCGCUCAGUGCUAUGGUUGUCGGCUUUUCCAGGAGUGGCCAAACCGACCAAGCAGAGGCUACUUUCGAGAGAAUUAUUCAGCGUAAUAUCAUAACUUGGACUGGGUUUCUAACUGGAUAUGCCCAGUGCGGGUAUAUCCAUGAAGCUUACGGGAUUUUUAAGAGAAUGCCAGCGUGGAACGUUGUCUCAUGGACUGCUAUGAUCGACUUGCUGGGUCAGAUGGGUCAGCUCGAGAACGCGAAGACUCUUUUUGAUCGGGUUCCAGAGCUCAAUGCUGUGUCUUGGACGGCCAUGGUUGCUGCUUAUGCCGCGAAUGGGCAUAUCCGAGAGUGUCGAGAUUUGUUUGAUGAUAUGCCCGAGCGCGGUAUAGUAACUUGGAACGCCAUGCUUGCUGGAUUUGGGUCGAGUUUGCAAGCGGGAGAAGCGAGGAGAGUUUUUGGAAGAAUGCCUUGGCACAACUUGGUCUCGUGGAAUACCAUGCUUGCUUUGGUUGCUAGGAACGCUGGAAGCCUGGAAGGAUUGGAUAUCUUCCAUGGAAUGCCUGCGAGGAACUGUAAAUCGUGGAACCUUGUAGUCCAUUGCCAUGCCGCGAAUGGAGAUAUGGGGGACGCCGGCAAGCUUGUGUAUAGAAUGCCGCAGCACAGUGUAGUGACUUGGACUUCCAUGGUCGUUGGAUAUUCCUGCAAGGGAAGAGUUGACGAGGCGAUUUCCUUGUUUGACUGGAUUCCAGAACGGAAUGUUGUGACCUGGACGGGCUUGCUUGCCGGAUAUGCCCAAGUAAGUGAUGUGGGUGAAGUGUUUCGCAGAAUGCCGGCCCAUAACGUGGUGUCAUCGACGGCUGUGAUUGAUGCCUACGGCCAGAAUGGCCACCUGGUGGCGGCCAAGGAGCUGUUUGACCGGCUCCCGGAAGCCAACGAGUUGACUUUGAUAGCCAUGCUGGGGGCAUAUGCUGCCAAGGGAUGCGCAUCCGAGUCCAAGAGGCUGUUUGACUCUUCGCCAUCGCAGAGCGUGCUUACGUGGAAUACAAUGGUGUCCACGUACGGAAAUAGCCUCGAGCUCUGUGCCGCAAUGGCCAUGUUUGAGAAGAUGCCCAAGCACAACACUGUGUCGUGGAACGCAAUCGUUACGGCAAAUGCCAGGAAUGGGCAUUUGGGGGAAGCUAGGAUGAUUUUUGACACGAUGCCAUAUAGGAGCUCAAGGUCGUGGAGCGUGAUGAUCGAUUCAUAUGCGCUGAGUGGCCAGUGUUUUGAGGCAGUCGAGAUGCUUACACUCGUGAUGUGGGAGGGUUUUGUGCCAGAUGAGAGUGUAUUUACAGGUGUUCUUGCUGCCUGCAGCCACCAAGGCUUGCUCGAACUCGGUAUAAGGCUGUUUUCGUUGAUGGUGAGAGAUUACUCCAUUGCUCCAGCACUAGUACACUUCAAGUGCCUAAUUGCAUUGCUGACUCGAGCUGGGCAACUUGAUAGUGCAGAGCAGCUUCUCAAUGAAAUGCCCUACCAUCCAGAUGAAGUUGCAUGGGUGACACUCCUUGCCGGCUGUAGCUCACACUUUGAUGUGGGACGAGCGUCCUAUGCCACUUGCAAUUCUAGUGCUCUGCACGUGUUGCUAGGAAAUGUGUACGAUCAGCAAACAUUUCAAAUGAGUUUCUAA